GUUUCCUGCUGCCAUUGACUAAAACAAGACCUCGGAUCCUGCGGGAAAGCGCGACAAAAGCGUUUCUGUAUAUAGGCUGUGAUUAUUAUUAGUUUUAAAACAGCCUUUUAAAACAGAAUAAAUAAGCAUUUUUUUAAUUGGACCCGGACGCCGUGCUCGAAGACACGUUUGUAGUCGUAUUAAUGAAACAGCGGUGGUAGUGUUGUGUGAUCGUUUAUGAUUUAUCAAGAUGAUAUGAAUGUCAACCGGUCAAGGUCCACUCUUUCAAUGCAGGAACCGGGACGGGAUAUUUCUGAGUCUCUUGGAAACAUUUUUCCACAAGCCUUUGGAUGUGAUCCUGCCAUUGACGUAGGCUACAGUUGUCUGGUUUAAUUGACUGUAAACGGUUCGUGGGCUAUCGUCUGAUAUCACGGCGGGGGGCCGUGCCAAUACAGUAAGAGAAAAGAUCGUGGAGUCUAGAAAAUGGAUUAAAGGAAGAUCAGCGUGCGACACAAGAAACCGAAGAACAUGCUUCAUAACCAUGUCCUAGAAGGGAGAUCGUUAUUAUUACAGAAACAAUCCCUGAUUUGCCUUGAAUGGAUUUUAUGGCGUUUUUAUUCAGCAAUACUAGUUAAAUUGCCCAGGGUACAAUCCUGUUCAGUUUAGCAUCAUUACCAGAUAUUACUUCAAGGAUUCGGGACUUUUAAUGGAAAGGGAAUAGGUUAUUAGACACCCCUUUUUGCUAAAUCUGCGCAAGCCCCAGCCUCCCAUCUCUUUGGAUAUUCGCGUUACAGACCUAUUUCUUUGGUAGAAUAGGCCACCCGUUAGCCUACCAAAAGGACCCGUUGUCCGUGGACGUUGAUUUCAACCGGCAUCAUGUCGGCCGUGAUGAUAACGCGAAAGGUGCGAAAAUGGGAAAAGCUCCCUGGUAAAAACACGUUCUGCUGUGAUGGACGUGUGAUGAUGGCGCGACAGAAAGGCGUCUUCUAUCUGACGCUGUUCCUCAUCGUUGGAACCUGCGCUCUCUUCUUUGCAUUCGAAUGCCCGUACCUGGCUGUCCACCUGUCUCCCACCAUACCCGUGUUUGCCGUGGUCCUCUUCCUGUUCGUCAUGGCGAUGCUGCUGAGAACCAGCUUCAGUGACCCAGGGGUUCUGCCACGCGCGCUCCCAGAAGAGGCCAGCUUCAUCGAAAUGGAGAUCGAGGCCGCCAAUGGGAACGUCCCCGCGGGCCAACGGCCCCCGCCGCGCAUCCGGAACGUUCAGAUCAACAACCAGAUUGUGAAGCUCAAGUACUGCUACACCUGCAAGAUCUUCCGGCCGCCGCGCGCCUCCCACUGCAGUAUCUGUGACAACUGCGUCGACCGCUUCGACCACCACUGUCCCUGGGUUGGAAACUGUGUGGGCAAGCGGAACUACCGCUUCUUCUACCUUUUCACCCUGUCACUCUCCCUGUUGACCAUCUACAUAUUCACCUUCGAUAUUGUCCAUGUAGUCAUGCGCUCGGUGGACUCUGGAUUUCUGAACGCUUUGAAGGAAACCCCUGGAACUGUGUUGGAGGUGCUCGUGUGUUUCUUCACUCUCUGGUCAGUGGUUGGCCUAACCGGCUUCCACACCUACCUCAUCUCCCUCAACCAGACCACCAAUGAGGAUAUCAAAGGCUCAUGGUCAGGGAAGAACCGAGUGCAGAACCCCUACAGCCACAAGAACAUCAUGAAGAACUGCUCUGAGAUCCUUUGUGGGCCCACGUACCCGAGUGUCCUGGACAGACGAGGAGUGAUGCAGCAGGACGAUUCGCCGUCUCUUACGACCGCUGCCACCCCGUCCUCCACCAGCGACAGCACAGUACCACAGACUACAAAACCCACGGCGCCGCUCAUCCCCAACGAGCACACGCCUGACGACGCCAAGCCCAGCAUCGCCACCUCCACGGAGAUCAGCACCUCCCUCACGGAGGAGUCGGAGUCGACCGCCCACAAGGUCCCGCCCCUCGCCUCGCCCGAGACCGAUGUAGAGGCGUCCAUCGCCAAGGCGGCCGCACACUAGCUACGUGACGCAGAGCGGGGAGAUGUCCGCUCUGGUCCGAUCUUCCACCAUCCCCCCCCCCCCCCCCCCACCCCACCCCCUACGACGCUUUACCUUCUCCCAGCCUGCCUCCUUCCAACAAGGAACUAGGACGGGAUAAUAAUCCAGAUUUUCCACAUUGUGGUGCAGGUGACUAAUGAGUUCUCUGAAGUCCUGCCCUACUUUACGCUGGGGCCCUCCUCUCGGACGCUGCAGCCCCUUCUCCUCGUCUCACUUCCAACAGCGGCUGCGGCAGAACUGUAUGAUGGACUGUAUCGCUCAGUGUGUCGGGGGGAGGUGUGUGUGCGUGUGUGUGUGCGUGUGUGUGCGUGUGUGUGCGUGUGUGUGCGUGUGUGUGUGUGUGUGUGUGUGUGUGUGUGUGUGUGUGUGUGUGUGUGUGUGUGUGUGUGUGUGUGUGUGUGUGUGUGUGUGUGUGUGUGUGUGUGUGUGUGUUUGUGUGUGUAAUAUAACAGGGAAAAAAACUCAGACUCUUCCUUAGGUCCCUUGAGCAUUGCAUGGAAAAGACAUAGGUAGAACACUCUUGGAACUUGAACUUAAAAAAAAAAAGAAAAAGAAGAAAAUAAUACAAGUGUACAACCGUGUCCACACGUUGUCUAUGGGUUUACUCUGAUGAUUGUCAAUGAUACUUUAUUUAUUAUAGCUGUGAUGACUCCUAUUGUACAAGGCCAGUUCCAAUAUACUCUCUUAGGAUUGCAAGUGUCUCCCAAGACAAUGUUUCUUCCCUGGACACGUGUACAUCAUUAACCGCCAUACAUUCAUCCCCGUCCUUGUUUUUCUCCCCCAGUGCAUACAGAACCUACGCUAUGCAAUCCAUGGUUUUAAUAGUUGCUCUGUGAUUAGUUAUAAGUGUUGAGUCCAGUUGUGCACCUACACGAGUAAACAUAAGUCUGUCUGUGCACUAUGAUGAUGUCUAGUAAUGGGGGGGGGUCUGAACUGAGAUACCGAGAAAUAUCUCAGUGAACGUCCCUUCUAGAUCAAUCGUACUUUGUAAUCUGGUAUUGCUGCAAUUACUACUGUUAUUCUCAAACUUUGGAUUUUCUUUCCGAUUUAACGUUGACUGCCGUCUUUCCAUUUUUAUAUACAUGUCAAGGGGAGUGAUGCCGUUGCUAUGUCGUGGUUGUGCAAUGUUGCUCACGUCCAGCGCUGACAUCUGAACGGUCACAGUGUUUCGCUUUGGGUAUGCGAGAGCGCAGGCCAGGUUGCUUUUGAUAAGUCGCAGUACUAAAGUCAUCAGUAACAGUGCCUUAACAUAAACACGUUGUCGUAUCCAUGGCAACAGCGCCGAUGUACUACAGGGUAAACCGGCCGACACACCCUCGUGCUCUGAAGUAACGAUGAGGAUGAUGAUGAUGAUGAUUACGGUCAACAUUUUCCAAACUCUCCCAAUCAGAUAGGAUGGGAAGUGGGGAAAAAUGCGGAAAUGUGCCCCGAUGGCAAAGAGGGAGAUUUUCCUCUAGUCUCCGAGUAAGGGCGAACGAGAUCGGGGAUCAGGCUCUGCAGAUCAAGUGUCACUUCUUUAAAGGGAAUCAAGAGCUUUUCUUUUACUUACUGUCCAUUCCUUGUUCAAAAACAAAACAACGCAAUUAUUUUUAUUUUAUUUAUUUGAAACACAUCUCUCUCUCUCUCUCUCUCUCUCUCUACUCUUUGUAGUCACGUCUACAGUUUUGGCUGUGACUGUUGGUCUGUGCAGCAGUCUAGUCUGCUACUUCUGAAGUCACUGGCUCAUUAUCACAUGGAUUAAGGCAUAUGAUGGAGUUAGUCACACAUUACUGCACCACAGUUUUAACCACCUCUGAAUUGUAACAGCUGUGGAAACACAGCGGUUGUUUUUUUUUUUAAAACAAGGCCUGAAUGUCAUUUUGUUUUAAUGAUGAUAAGCCAAAAUAGGGAGAGGCUCUUUAUGUUAAAGGGAUGUGUGAUGCUAGUAUGUAUUCGUGUCAUCGUGCUGUAUGCAAUGCAAGACGUUUCUCAAAUAUAACUGUAUAGAUAUUUGAUUUCUAACAUCAGUAUUAUUCUUGAUUUAGAUCCGGAGAUGAUGAAUGAGUCGUUCAAUACAACAGCACUUAAGGUAUACCAUCUGUAGGAUUAAAUGAGUUGUGAUGAUCUGAUAUAUUGAACGGUAUAAUCAAGUUAUGUGAGCUCCUAAGAGAAUUAUUGUGAACAUGCCAAGCGCAUCGUUUCUGUAAAUGUAUAACAGUAAAUGCUGACCUUUUUAGUUUGAAAGACUCCCUAAUAUAUAUAUUUUCCAUUGAGAUGCAUUUUCAUGAUCAAUGUAAAACGGCACUAACACCAAAUCGUUAAAUUUACGUCAGUUUCAUUUGGGAUAAACCAAAUUUGACGAUGUAUCCAUGGACACUCUCGGUGUAGUUUAUUGCUCUGAAUGACUCCGAAGGCUCUGAGGCACCGAGAAGCAAGAAUGUAUAUGAUUGGUUAUUCAUGGGUGAUUUCAUAUCAUGUCAUUUCGUGUCAUUAAUGUUGAAAUGAAGUGUAGGAUGUUUUUAACGGGAAAAACGACUGAGGCUUUUAGAUGAGAACACAUUGGCUCGAUGUGUUUUGCAAAUAAUUUUAAACAACCAGAAUGCGGCCGAUAGUCGCUUGAGGUAAGUCAGCUUUUGCUCAUCGUUUGUAUCAUUUCCAUGAUAACAUUAGUCGGAUCCGAACGAUGUGAUCAAUCUAUAACCCAAGCAUCAUGUAUAUCAAUACUGUACUAUGCCAUUUAUGGAAUUCCUAUUUAUGUUGCCCUUGUUUAGUUGAUAACACUGUGAUUAAUAAGUAUUUAAUUAAAUUCCCUUCACUUGUUUUUACAUGA